GCGAAAGGGAUAUCGUCUUGUUUUUCGCGCCAGUUGGACGAUCCUCGUCUCAGUGAAUGCGCCAGGCCUUUGUGUAAUUGUGAUUUUUACGUUCCAUUAACCAGUUGACCUUUUGUUGACAUUAAACCUUUCUUUUUCGUUUAGAUAUUUUCAAAAAUUUUUGAAACGCGCGUGAUAAACCGGUAAGCGAUAUUGUCGACAAGAUGCAACGGCCUUGAAAUUUGUGACGACCUACCGGAUAUAAUCAUCCAGCUCUUCAGAGCGCAAUAGCUGAUCUUUCAGACAAGAUGGAUUGGAAGGUGCGGGCUUUUACUCUCGUUCUGUGGCUGGGACUCGUUCUUGCAUCGACACAGAAUGGAAAAGCAGAAAAGAGGGUUGUUUGCUACUACACAAACUGGUCAGUAUACAGACCUGGGACUGCAAAAUUUUCACCACAGAACAUUAAUCCGUACCUUUGCACCCACUUAAUUUACGCCUUCGGUGGCUUCACCAAGGAUAAUACUUUGAAGCCUUUUGAUAAAUAUCAGGACAUAGAAAAAGGUGGUUACGCAAAGUUCACUGGUCUCAAAACAUACAAUAAGAAUCUGAAGACACUUCUGGCUAUCGGAGGCUGGAAUGAAGGAUCCAGCAGGUUUUCUCCCAUGGUGGCUGACGCCCUCAGAAGAAAAGAAUUCGUGAAAAACUGCGUCAAGUUUUUGCGACAAAAUCACUUCGAUGGCCUUGACCUUGACUGGGAGUAUCCUGCAUUCAGAGAUGGAGGCAAACCUCGCGACAAAGAGAACUACGCGACUCUUGUCGAGGAACUUCGAGCACAAUUCGACAGGGAAUCCCUAAAGACAGGACGACCGAGGUUAUUGUUAACUCUGGCGAUGCCAGCCGGUAUAGAAUACAUCGAUAAAGGUUAUGAUGUUCCACGUUUGAAUGAGAAUCUUGACUUUAUCAAUUUGUUGUCAUAUGACUAUCACUCAGCCUUCGAACCUGCAGUUAAUCAUCACGCUCCUCUUUAUCCUCUCGAAGAAGAUAAUGAGUAUAAUUAUGACACGGAAUUAACGAUUGAGUACACCAUUAACCAUCUCAUAAAAUCAGGAGCUAGUUCAGACAAGAUUGUACUGGGUAUACCAACUUAUGGCAGGUCUUACACCCUCUUCAAUGAAGAUUCAACUGAUAUUGGUUCUCCAGCUGAUGGACCGGGAAUCGAAGGAGAUGCAACUCGAGAGAAAGGAUACUUAGCCUACUAUGAGAUUUGCGAAAGUGUAGAAAAAGGCGAUUGGGAAGUAGUUCAGCCAAACCCAGCAGCUAUGGGUCCAUAUGCUUUUAAAGAAAACCAGUGGGUUGGUUAUGAUGAUCAGGCUAUUGUUCGAGCAAAAGCACAGUACGUGAAUGAGAAAAAUCUUGGAGGAAUCAUGUUUUGGUCGAUUGACAAUGACGAUUUUAGAGGAAAAUGUCAUGGUCGUCCUUACCCUUUGAUCGAAGCUGCAAAAGAAGCUCUUCUUUCUGACAAUUUUAAACAUCCAGAGGUAAAAGAAAAGCCUUCUCUGAGGAAACCAACCAGAACCCAAUCGAGUAAAAGCAACUCAUCCGGUAGACAUUACGCAACUUCUAAUAGACGUUCGACCACAACUGAAAGUCCCACUAGAAGAAGAUUAGGUUAUUCGAAACCAAAGAAUAGACCUAAUGUGAGAGUCGCAGAAGCUGAAGAUGAGGAAGAAACUGCAGUUUCAGAUGAAGAGGAAGAAGAAGAAGAGAAUCGAAAUACUCUCAAGGUCAGUGAGAAACCUGCCAGAUCCAGACUUAGCAGCAAACAUCGACCAAGAAGUCGAUCUACCGAAAGUAAUAGUCGUAGGAAGCAUAAGAAUCGAGAUGAUGAACCACCUGAAGAUUCGAAUGGUGAAGAAUCACUUAAUAACAAAUCUACAACCCCACAACCACCGACUACUCCAGAUCCAGGCAGUGACUUCAAGUGUGAAGAUGAAGGAUUCUUCUCACAUCCUAGGGAUUGCAAGAAGUACUUUUGGUGUCUUGAUAGUGGACCUAGUGGCCUUGGAAUUGUAGGUCAUCAGUUUACAUGUCCUUCAGGGCUGGUUUUCAACAAGGCAGCAGAUUCUUGCGAUUAUCCCCGCAAUGUUGUUUGUCCGAAAGUCAAAUCUGGAGAUGAGGCAACAACAACCAAAGCUCCAACUACAGCAGCUACUACUCGAACUACAACUCGUCGUACAACAACCGAAAAACCUGAGCCAGAGGAAGAGUAUGAGUAUGAAGAUGAGGAUGAGGAUGAUGAAGAGGAGGAAGAAAAAGCACCAAAAACAACUGUAAAACCGCUUAUCUACAAGACGAUUAAUAGAAGUAGGCCUAGUUCGACUACAACGCCUACAACAACUACACCACCUUCAACAAUUACAACCACACAGACAGUUAAACAAUAUCAAGAGGCUUCUGAAAAAACUCUAGACCUAGAAGAAGAGGAAGACCCUAGAGUGAUCAAGGAACUAAUUGACUUGAUUAAAAAAGCAGGAGGUAUCGAGCAUCUUGAGAAACAGCUUCUUCUUCAAGGGAAACAUCCUGCAGCACAAGCUAUCACAACUGUCGGUACUGGACAGGUGACUCCAGCUACUAUAAGUCGUAGCUUGUACGAACGUGUCUUGAACCGUCAAACUUCGAAAGUUGGUUCUAGAUUUUUUGGAACAUCUUCACCAAAGUCUCCCGAAAACAAAAAUAAUGAAGGAAAUGAAGGAAAGCAAGGAAAUAAAAGACAAGGGAGUGGAUAUACUAAUGGACCUGGGAGAGCACAGUUUGAUGGCCUCGAUGAUCUUCCAGAAGUUAAGAGUCUAAGAAGAACCCAUAAGCCUCAGUAUACGACCAUAGAAAGAUCAAGAUCAUCCCCAUCCGAAAGAAUCGACGAGAGUGAUGACGAAGAAGAAAGUGAUGACAACACAGAUGUAGCUUCAUCAGAAGAGAGAAGCAUUAGCAAUCCACCUGAUGAUAAAUCGCUUUUGCCACGAGUAACACCUAGUUAUGUCAAUAUUAGACGCCACCGUCCUACUACUACAAGCAAAGACGAUAAUGAUGUUGAAGUAAAGGAAGAAGAGAUAGUGGAAGAAAGACCCACUCGUCGUCGUUUUUCUUUCAUAUCUACUAGAACGGAGAAAAGUAUUCUAGACAAAGAAGAUCCAGAGCCUCAAAGAAACUCAACAAACGUCGACGAAGCUGACGAAGUUCAGAGUCCAACUGAAUUAGGACCAUCUUCUAAGAGAACAGUCUUUCCAAACAAACACGUGAAUGAACCUUCCACAUCAAAAUCUAGGUACACCAGCAUCCAGCGUUUCAGAAGCACAACCGAAAAGCAAGAGAGUAAUUCUGAGGUUCAGGAAGCUGUAACCAAUCCCGAAGUAACAACUCAAAUUCAGAACACUUCUCUCAAGGACACAAUUAUAUCCGUACACGGAAGUUCCGAAAUUCCUUACACCGUAUCAAUGACUUAUUCACAGAGUUCAUCAUCAUCCUCGUCUCUGCCUACGUCCCCACUAACAACCACUUCUACCACCACUACCACCACAGAAAACCCCACAACUCAAUAUAUCACACUUAACGAGGAGCCCACACCCAGCACAAAAACAACUAAUCUCACGAGAAGCUCAUACUCCAGUGUGAAGCUCGUCGAAGAUUCAGCAACCGAAAUCCUCUUGACAACUUCACCCUCCACUAGCCCUCCAAGAAUUCGGACGGAGUAUACGACGAAAGAAACCAUUGCCGCUGUUUCCCAACCCAGACCCUUCGGGUUCACGCGUAGUAGAACCAGGCCAAGCCUGACCCAGACCUCUUCACUUUUGGACUCCACGACUCCAUUGUCUACUUUUGCAACAGUGCCGUCGAGGUCCAAGGUGGCCAGUUCCGAAAGUUUUCAACUACCAACUUUGAAGCAACUUAUCGACCACCAAAAUAAUUCGAGCUUGAAUAACGAAGAGAAAAGCAUCAGAAUAACUGAACCUUUUUUAAGAUCCUCAUUGUCUUUUCCCUUACAAGAAAACUCGCUACGAAGAUCCUUUACUGAGCAGGAGGUGGUUGACAGCCCUCUACAAAUCCUUGAUGACAAAGAUGACGAUCCUGAUAAAUUACUGCUUUUGCCGAUACCCGAGAAUAAACUAAACAGGACGAUCCUUCGCACAGUCCUGAAACUAAAAAUUGCUCAUGAAAAUAGUUUGGAAAAAAAUGAUAACUCAGAGUACGAAGAAGGUGUUUCUAAUACCAAUCUUCUGACUAAUGAGUUACAGAUGACACAAAGAAGUGCUUUGUCUGAUGUUAAAGAAUUCUCGACAACUGAAAAACCUGUUGAGCUUGAACGAUCUGCAUCAACAUAUAGAGGUAGGUCAAGCAGAAGAAGGCUCAGGGUUGAUCCUAGCUUGAAUACAUCUAAUGAAGACAGUCUACCUAGUCAGAGUACAUCAGUUCAAACAACUGAGAAAAUAAGUAGCCAGAACAAAGCAGUUAAAAUAAGUACCAAAGAGCACCUUCGAACUAUUGAAAACGCAACUACGCAGAGUACACCACUUCUUCAAAAUAUCGAAAGUAGUGUACCAGCAAAUCUAAGAGCAGCGGAUAUCGACAGAGCUAGGAGAAGAAGAACACGAAUUAAUUCCCCCCAUGUACCUGCACCAAUUCAUAAUUGGCAAAUCUCUCAUACAAGGGGAAGGGCAAGCAGGAGAAGAAAUAGAGUCGAUAUUCCAGAGUCAUCUUCAACACUCAGUAUUACGACUUCUAGAGGUACCAUACUUCCAGAAACAACCUCAGAUUUUCCUCGUGGUUUCCUCCUUACAAAAAAUACAGAUGAUAUUCUACUGACAAAAGAGGAUAGAUUUUCUACAGUUGGUAUUGAAUCAACACAUUCCAGUGCUAUUUCCACCAUUGAGAAAGUUUUGUACAGUACCAAGCCUUAUACCGAAUUGCCUACCACUACCGAAUACUCAGAAUCAAACACAAUUACUAGUUCUCCUUUAAGUAAAGACACAAAUCAGGAAGGAGAAUCAAAUUUAUUGGUGACAACUACAGAGAUUGCAGAAGAUAAUGAAGACUAUAAUCAGCCAAUAGGAACCACAACGCAAAUAUCUGAAACCACAAUAGAGAAAUUAGAAUAUGAUGAAACAGACAUGAAUACCUCGACUAGUGCAGAAAUUUCCACUACUGAACGAGCUUCCACUUUACCACAUCGUUAUAUAAAAAGAAAGAAGAUCAGGAAGAUAAAACCAGUAAGCUCUACCCAGUUUUCCGACCUUGAACUUUUGAAGUCUUCAAUUGAAGAUAAAAAUAUUCUGCUAAAGAAAAAAAUAUUAGACUUUUCAGAGGAAACAACUGAAUCUUCUUUUAAUAAUCCUGAUUCUUCUUUUACAAUUCUGGAUCCUAUCACUUUUACUACUUCUGAGCCUGUACCUUCUGCACCUAGUUCCAAAUCUCCUGCAAUUUUUGAUGCUAUAUCGUCUAUAACUUCUGAUUCUAUAACUUUGUCUACAACAUCCAAUCCAGCUUUUGAAUCUACAUUCUUUACGACAGAAGCUCCAUCAAGCGAGAAAUCAACAAAAUCAAAAAACCUCAUUCCUGGGAAAGAGGCAGAUCUUAAAUCUCCAGAAAUAACAGAAGCAAGUGAUUUCGCCCUAACAAAUGGAUAUUUUUUAUUAGGAACUGAUGACUUUAUUAAACCCAAUUCAAACUUUGUGGAAUUCACAACAGAAAGGUCUAAUUUCUUCACAACUAAGCUUUAUGUCCAAGAACAAACGAAUUCUCAGGAUGAUUUUGAAAAACUGAGCUUAGAAACUAAAGAUGAUGAAAUUAGAGGUAAUGUUAUCACUACAGAAAAAGGUGAUACGAUGUUAUCUACUUUAAGUCAAUUUUCAGAUCCUGAAACAACAUCAAUGAGCAUAGAUCAAAAUAAAAAUCAAACUGCCGCCUCUCUUGCCAUAUCUUCAAUUACGAAUACUUCAAUUCUUAAUGAUGCCGGUAUUUCAAUUCAGUUAAAUGAUCAGAUAUCAACGGAGUCUCCUAUAAAAAUUACUUCAAAAGUAGGUGAGGAAUUAAUUUCUACAAGUGAUAGACCUACAAAUGGCCGAAGACGUGUAUUGAAAAGAAAGCGACAAAGGAUUGAUUCUAAACGUGAAGAAAAAUCAAUGGAAGAAGCAAAAACUGAAACGAUUGAAGUUACUCUUAAAAAAAACGAAACAUCAACAACUCCUGCACCCAUAAGCUCAUCAAGCAUUGAUCCUGAAUCAGAGAAACUAACAAGAAAACGUGUUGUGGUAUAUAGAGGUACCAGAAGAUUCUCAUCAAAAACAACAGCACCGACCGUGCAAAGUUCAACAGAUACCAGAGAUCAUUCAAAUCAGAUUGCAUCUCGAAGAAGAACAAAAAAGGUCGUGAGGAAGAGACCUAAACUUUCAUCGGAUGACAACCCGGAAUCGGACCUUAGUACCACGGAUGAUGAAUCUAACCGGAAGGAUAAGCACUUAUCUCUAGAUCCAGAAACCAAGUCAUAUGAGGAUGCUGAUCUAGCUGGCAGUGAAAUCCAUGAAAAAUCAGUCAACGUCUACAGAAGUUCACCACCAACUUCAAGAAGACCAGGAUCAUUAUAUCAUCGAGAACAAAGCAGAAUAAGGAGCAGAGCUAGUACAGCCUAUCAGCCUCUAACUACCACGCAGCCAACAGUGAGAAGAUUCAGUAGUCCGAGUGCAGGACGUCAGAAUCUUUAUUUUGAGGAAACUACUGUGCCUGCGAAGAUAAAAUUGGCUUCUCUCGACGAUGCAGCUAUUCUUCUGAAACAUUUUUCAAGAAUAGAAGACCAGAGACCAGAGAAUGACGAUCAGACCAACAGGGGCCGUGAAAUGGCCUUAGAAGAUCUGGAAACAACACCUAGCACAACGGAACCCGGUUAUUCAUCUCUCAAGAUGGCAUUUUGGCGAAAAAUAAGUACGACUGAAACGCCCAAACUCAUGGUAACCACAGCCAUCCCGGCAUUUAGACGCCGACAGGGGCAAAAGUAUUACAGUGGAGUUGUUUCGCAGAACUUGCCCCAGAGGCCUAGACGUCCGGCGAUUGUUGAUUACGAUUACUAUGAAGACGAGGAAAUCAGAUUCGUUGGAAAACCAAGGCUAAAUGGAAAACUCUACGUUACGAGCAGAGGCAGCAUCACCUGUCUCGAUCAAGGCAAUUUUCCUCACCCCACAUCCUGCAGAAAAUUCAUUACUUGUGCGAGAAUGGUAAACGGGCAAGUUGUUGGAACUGAGUAUACGUGUCCGGAAAAGCUCUCCUUUGAUCCAAUCGGCGGUAUCUGCAAUUGGUCUGCUGGUCUUGGCUGCAAAGAAUAAUUUACAAAAAUUAUCUUUUACACUAGACUGUUUCUUUCAUCAAUCAAAAUUCUAAUCUUAGAUGUUUAGUUUAAAUGAUUCUGAUGUCUUAUAUUAUACGCUGCUGGAUUAUCCAAUCUUUUGUAGUUGAAUGUGAAAAAAAAGAAAUUCUACCAAUUCGAAUUUCGUAGCAUAACUUUGGCAAGAGAAUACUUAAACGUAACCUUUGAUUUGGACACAAUUCUGGUGCGAGAUUUAAAUCUGAUUUUUCUUAAAUUCUCAAAUGGCUGUUGUAAUGAUGAUUAGAAAUCUAGCAUAUAUCGUAUAUAUCGCUUAUUGUCCGGUCGUGGAGAGUCGUCGUUAGUUUUUAUGUAUCGAUAGUCUAGGCAUUAUUAAAUUAGACGAGCCCUCUUCUUGGAAAGGUCAUUGUGUCAGUAAGAAACGGAUCAUCUAGCCAUAAUUAAUUGUAACCGCUGAGUGGUGAUAUUACUGGUUAAACGAUUUUUCGUUGUUUGUAUAUAUUGUAGAGUCAGUGUAAAUAAGUUAAGUUGAGAAUGAAAGCGGUUACGGACAGAAAGAAUAAUUUAUCUCUAUUUAAUGAAAAGCGCAAGAACCAGUAGCACAUUUCGUAGCUGGAAGUAUAAGUUAGUAGCUAUAGAAGUGCAAUAAUAAAAAAGCGAUUGUGUUUGCCUUUUGUAUUUGUAUUGUAGAUUACAUUUUUACUAUCAAAUAAAAAGCUUUAACAUUAAAA